AUGUGCUUCGUCAAAAUCGCUUUCCUGUGGCCGUUGCUGUCAUUAUUUUACCUUGUGGCACGGUCCAGCUCUGCCACGCCUGCACUUCAGGAAGAGGCACUGCAGCAGAUACCGGCGCUGAAUCUGACACAAGUGCAGCUUAUAGCCGGCAACGCCAACCUUAGGUGCAGCCUGAUUCCGGAACUGUGCGACUGGCAACUACAUUUGUACUCGGGCCAUCAUUUUAGUGUUCCGUUAUCCUUCGCGGAGUCAACCGUCAGCACCACCACCCUAUCGCCCAUGGAGGUUGUUGCUGCUUCCACACCCACAGAACAGGUAUUUUCCUUGGCGCCACUGCUUCUGGUGGCCCAAAUUGAACCAAAGCCGCGGCGGGAGAAGCGCGGGAAAAGGAAGCUCAGACGAAGAUCAACUUUCGGCAUCUUAAGUAAAAAGAAAUUUGUUUGGCUUUUCUUUCAAUAA